GUGUUUUCUUAGGUAGCCCGUUAAAAUGCCCGAACUAAUUAUUCGUCUCUUUCCAAGAUGGCGUCGAUGAGGGAUAGCGACACCGGCCUGUGGCUUCAUAAUAAACUAGGCUCAACUGACGAGCUGUGGACGCCCUCAAGCAUUGGUUCGCUGCUGACAGUGUCGGUUAUUGACAACAUACGGUUGUGUUUCUCCAAUCUGUCGCCUCCGGUGAAGCUGAAACUGCUGCUCGGUAUGCUGCAUCUCCCGCGCAGGACUGUUGACGAGAUGAAGGAGGCUCUGUCGGAGAUCAUUCAGUUAGCCACCGUUGACUCAGAACCCUGGGUGCUGAUGGUGGCCGACAUCCUGAAGUCGUUCCCGGAGACAGGCUCUCUCAACCUGGACCUGGAGGAGCAGAACCCCAAUGUGCAGGACAUCCUGGGGGAGCUCAGGGAGAAAGUCAGUGAGUGUGAGGCAUCUGUCAUGUUGCCUCUUGAGUGUCAGUAUCUGAAUAAAAGUGCUUUGACCACACUGGUGGGCCCCCUCACACCACCCAUCAAACAUUUCCAACUCAAGAGGAAACCCAAAAGUGCCACACUCAGAGCCGAUCUUCUCCAGAAAUCUACAGAAACUGCACAGCAGUUAAAGAAAACAGCAGGAGUGCCUUUCCAUGCUAAAGGAAGAGGACUUGUCAAGAAGAUCGACACCACAACACCGCUAAAAGGGAUCCCCAAGGCUCCGUUUCGCAACCCCACCACUCCCAGUAUGUUUAGCCCCCCCAGCAACAGAGCUCCCAUAGCACCAGCCCGCACACCCCAGCGCAAGGAGAGAGGUGUGAAGUUAUUAGAUAUUUCAGAGUUGGAUAUGGUGGGAGCAGGCAGAGAAGCCAAGAGGAGAAGAAAGACAUUGGACACAGAAGCAGGAGAGAAGGCAGCCAAAGAAGAGGCAGUGGUGGAGAAUGCUACCCCAGAUUACGCUGCUGGUCUGGUAUCCACACAGAAACUGGGGGCGUUGAACAACGAGAGUGCUCUCCCGUCAACGAGCUACCUCCCAGCAACCCCCAGCAUGGUCCCCUCCUCCUCCUACAUUCCCAGCUCCGAAACGCAGCCAGCAAACGCAGGUGGUUCGGGUCGUGAUGCUACAAACCGGCAGCCAGAAGAGUCUACAGCUACCAGCACAGCUGCUGCCGCACUGCCGGGCCAGUUUAAACAGAGACCACCCAUGUACAACGCCAGCACUGCCAGUCCCACAGCCCCGACCUCCCCUACCACGCCCACCAGCACGCCCCUCAACAACGCCCCGCCUCCCGCUGCCACGGCAACACAACCAGACACACCCACUGCACCGCCCAACACCACAGCUCAGCCCACCCCUACGCCAGCCCCCCAGCAACCACCACCCAAAAAGAAUCUGUCACUCACGAGAGAGCAGAUGUAUGCGGCGCAGGAAAUGUUUAAGACUGCAAACAAAGUUACUCGACCAGAGAAAGCGCUUAUCUUGGGCUUCAUGGCAGGAUCAAGAGAGAACCCCUGUCCGGAGCAGGGUGACAUCAUCCAGAUCAAGUUAAGCGAGCACUCGGAGGUGCUGCCCAAGGCAGACGGCACAGGCAGCACUACCAUGCUGGUGGACACGGUGUUUGAGAUGAACUACUCCACGGGCCAGUGGACACGCCUCAAAAAAUACAAGCCUAUUACCAAUGCCUCCUGAGGGAGGAGUCCGCACUCACCACACGCUCACACACACACACACACACACACACACACACACACACACACACACACACACACACACACACACACACACACACACACACACACACACACACACACACACACACACAGAGUAUGUGGGCCAAAUUGUGAAAUACUGGGAUUAGGGCAACAUUAGGGCAAGGGUUCGGGGGGUUGGAUUAAGGGGAAUGAGGUGAACGUUGUUUUGAGUGACCUCACUUCCUUAUCUUAAUGUUCCUGCAUUGCCAAAAGCCAGGGACCUUAGAUUUUUGUUUUGUCUUUUUGUAAUAUGUUCAUUAAUUUUCAUAGCCCUGAAAAAUAAAAAACAAAUCCAGAAUGUUGGCAAAAACAAAAUGGAACAAAACUGGAGUUGUUCCUCUAGAAUGUUUAGACCUUUGAAGAGACCUGUCAAUAUGGCAUCAUAUAACAGCCAUAAUAAUGGCUAGAAACAGGAAAUCACGCUGUCUGGUUCAGUGUGAGAAUGUGAGAAAACUAUGAAUUUGGCAAAAGGAAGUAAAAAAAGAAUGGGCAGAUUCUUUUGGUGGUUAUAUAUAUUUUUACAUUCUGAAGGAUGUUUGUUUUUUAGCCUCAUAGAAGAAGGGAAUAAAGUCAGUCAGAUCCAUGUCCAGAUUUGAGAAGUUUGCUGAAAUUCCAAAAUACUGCUAUGGCAUUCCUCAGAUCUACUUUUUGGGAAGAGGGAAAUACCAGAAUUGUUUUACUAGAAAUAUCAUUUGUUAGAGGCACACAUAAAUGAAAUUUUCACCAAUCCAUAAAUAAUGCAGGAUCUAUGAUACAUAAAAAGACAAAUGUUAAUCAGUAAAGAAAGGUUUUAGCAGCAACACCUAACAGAUGUGAUGUUAGUCCUAAAUGUGUCUCAAGACAAGUAUUGACUUGGAAUGAAGCUGGAAAAUAAAUUGGACAGAAGUUCCAA